UAAACUUCAUUUGGAUCUUUUUCCCCUGUUAAUUGUAUAUUCCAAUCGUUAUUAUUUUUUUUGACAUUACUUUUUUUAUUUGAUGUAGGAAGAAGAUGCAUCAAAUGUUCAAGAAUUUGAGACUAGUCAACUUAGUGCUGCAGAUGAACUUCACAAGAAUGAACCAGAGAUAGAAAAUGGUACAGAGGAUGUUAUGGUUCAACAGGAAAAUGACAAACCACAGGAAGGUGUGAAGCAUAAUCUGAGAGAUAUUGAACCCACUGAUCAACAGUAUGUCCCUCGAAGAACGUAUCAGAACCAAAGAGGUGGUAGGAGUAAUGGGGGUGACCGUAGGGGUUAUUCCAAUGGUCGUGGAGCUCGAGGCAGUGGAAGGGGAGGUGGCGCUUACCAUCAGAACGACCGUAGCCAGUAUUAUGAUCAAUCCGGCAAAUAUUUUCCUAGGAACUACUAUAGCAACAGGGGAAGAGUUGGCAGGGGAGGUGGCCAUGCUUACAACAAUCACAGGUCAGCAGUCCAUGGUGGUAGUUCUGUCUCGGCUGAUAUUGGUGUGGCCUCGUAACAGCUCUGCUCGGUGUCACUAGGGCGAUGAAAAUGUUUUUUUUUUGUUUUUUGCUUUGCAUGGAAAACAUUGUUUGACCGUAGGUUGAUCAUUGAUGUUGAUAUGGUACAAAUCCAGGGCACCCCAUUU